ACCUACAACUGCCGACCUAUCUUGUUGCAGCUGGCUGUCGUCUUACACGCGUUCGACACUCCUCUUUGAUCCAAUAUCUCUUCCCGAUUUUAAGCCAUCUUAAUCUUUAUCUUUUUCCACAAUCUCCUCGGUGGCCUCCCUAUUUCUUUCCCCACAUCUUCUCAUCUUCACAAAACAUAAUCUUCAGAAUAUUCACCUCGUCAUCUCGAUACAGCAAACAACAUAAAACCAAACACAAAAAAUGGACGACCCUCUCCCAAAGGACCUUCGCCUCCUAACCCUCAACUGCUGGGGCCUAAAAUACAUCUCCAAGCUCCGCCCCCAACGCCUCGCAGAGAUCGGCCGCCGCAUCGCCGCCCUCCCGGACCCGCCCCACGUCGUCGCCCUCCAAGAGUGCUGGGUCACCUCCGACUACGACGCCAUCCGCGCCGAGACCGCCGCCGUCCUGCCCCACGGCAAGUUCUACUACUCGGGCCCCUUUGGCGGCGGCCUCGCCGUCCUCUCCCGCUGGCCCAUCGACGAGAGCUCCAUGCGCGCCUACCCCCUCAACGGCAGACCCACGGCCUUUUGGCGAGGCGACUGGUACGUCGGCAAGGGCAUCGCCUGCGCCCGCAUCCCCGUCCGCCUCGCCGGCGCGGACGGCGGACCCGGCAGGGACCACGUCCUGAGCAUCUUCAACACUCACACCCACGCGCCCUACACCGAAAACCAACCGGGCGACACCUACCUCGCCCACCGCCUCGCCCAGUCCUGGGAAAUGUCAAAACUCCUCCGCGCCGCCACCCAGCGCGGCGACCUCGCCCUCGCCAUGGGCGACUUCAACAUGCGACCCCUAUCCCUCCCGCACCGCAUCAUCACGGCCCACGCACCAGUGCACGACGUCUGGCGCGUCCUCCACCCAGACUCGUCCCUCGGCGCCGCAGACGACCCCCUGGAAAAAGCCCGCGGCAGACCCGUUCCCUCGGCCGACUUCAACCUGCGCGAAAACGGCGCUACCUCGGACCACGUCUACAACACCUGGCGCUGGUCCAAGGAGCAGCAGAAAAAACUCGGCGAGGGGAAAGAACCCAUCGUCGUACCACCAGACACGCCCGACAGAAAGGGGAAACGCCUGGACUACAUCUUCUUCGGCUCCGGAGGAGGUGGCGGUGGUGACGAUGACGAUGGCAGCGGCAACUGGAUCGUCCGCAGCGCCAAAGUCGGCAUGGUCGAGCCGCAUCCCACGCUCGGCUGCUCUCUAAGCGACCACUUCGCCGUCGAGGCAACGCUGGCAUACCAGACGCCCCACCAUCGCCACCAAGGCCUCGAUGCAACGGGAAACGAUAACGAGACGUCCUACCUCCAGGACGCCUCAGCCAGCUCCCACCGCGACUCCUUCACGUCCGAGAACCCUCCUGUUUCCGAAGUGCCAGGCAAAGGUCUUCCGGUACCAGUCUACGACGAGAUCCUCUCCGUGACACGUCAGUACAUCCACCGGGAAGAGAACCAACGGCGCUGGCGGGGAUUCCACUUUUUUGCAUGGUUUGCCGUCCUGAUAGCGUGCCUUAUAGCUGUGUGGUUCAGCCCACACAACUUUGUUGCCUUUGUUCUCAUGCUCCUGAGCAGUCUCGGACUGGUUGCUGGUGUUGUUGACGGUCUCAUGUCACUCCUCUUUUUCAACUCAGAACUCAGGGCCUUGAAGGAGUUUGAAUGGGAGAUCACAAACGCCAAAAGGCAUGCGCGAGAUUCUGUUUCAGGGGAGACGGUAAAGAGGGAAAAGUCUUUCUAAGAACCCGAAUGACGGUGGUCCUGCCUAGCAUAAUAAUACCCCAGACUCUAGGCUUAGUUGAUGGUGCCUCCACAACAUGUCACACGCGCCAGAGGAGGGGCUGAUAUGUAAUGAAGAAUAAUGUCUAUUCAUACUCGACGUUGCUCUUUCCUUCUCAUAAUGGCGCAAGACACCUUGUACGUAUGAUCAGCUCAUACUUCUAUCAGUAGCUGCUUCAAUUUUGC